CGUUCCAUUCCCUUCGAACAUUAGCUUGAACUUUGCGACAUGGCACCCGUCAACAAAGCAGCCUUGAAGGCUGCCAAAGCGGCCUUGGACGCUCAGAAGUGGGAUGAGGCCAUCACGCAGGCUCAGGUAGUCCUGGACUCGGAUCCGGACAACUACUUCGCGAAGUUGUUCACUGGUCUUGCCCAUACCAAAAAGGGCGAACCCGAAGACGCCGCCAAGGCCUACGAAGCUGCCACGAAGAUCAAACCGGACGACGAUCAGGCAUUGCUCGGCCUGCGGAGCUUGUACGAGGAGCAGGGCGGGAAGAAAAUCGAUGAAUACACCAAAGUUGGCGUCAAGCUAGCAGAGAUAUAUGCAAAGGCAGAAGAUCUCCACCGUUGCCAGGUCGCGCUAGACAAGAUCGUGGACCUUGCCAGAGCCCAAGGCACAAAAGCGCAAUACAAGCGCGCGCUGGAGGCCGCAUACCUGCCCACGAGCUCGACCUACAGCUUCGCCGAAGGCCGCGUUCCUCAUCCCUCGCAUACCUACACGCGACUCGCCGAGAUUACCGAGACCGAAGAGAAAGAGCGCAUAAACAAGGAGAUUGGUGAGAGGCGGACUCGGUUGGGUGCGAGGCUUACCCAGGUCACGACGGAAGUCAAGCGCGAGGUCUUCACCAAGAGCAACCUCGAGGAACUAUAUCAGAAUGUCAUCGAUUGGACGGGCGACGAUGAGGUGCGACGGGAGUAUGAGGAGAAGAUGUUUCAGCGAGCCUAUGAUACGCUUGUCGUGCUGCCGUCUGAGAAGAAGGAGGCCAAGAGGGAUCAGGUUGCGAAACAAGCCCACGGCAUGGUCAUCAUUAAGCAUCCGUUUGCUUUAGCCUGGCAGCUUGAGCUUGAAUGGAAGGAUGUGGAAUCCUUACAGGAAUACGACGCAAAUAUCGUGCGCGAAUUCAUUGAGUUCUUCCCAGACAAUGGCUUGGCGAGGCUCUUGAAGGGCUAUCUGACGAGCGAAAUCGCGCCUUUCCCGCUCAAAUUGCCGCAGGAAAAGGAUGAAGAAGAGAAGGAGGAAAAUAAAGAGCCCCCUUUGAGUCCGGAGGAUCGACUGCUGCUCAUGUCUGAUGGGUUGGAUGACUCCAAGCAAUCUGUUCUGGCUCAUCGCCUGAUGAGCGAAUACUACCUGCACCUUGAAGAGCAUGAGCCAGCAGUCGAAGUAACCCGGAAAGGCUUGAAACUUCUUGUCGCCGAGUCGCAAAAGUCCGGCCUUUCGCUCCAGAAUAUCAAGGACGCAAUAAGCAGCACACUUGCUACGUCGCUCAUCCAAUAUCAAUCGCCGAAGAACCACCCAGAAGCUAAAGAAAUCUUCAACGAGAUUUUGAACCGCAAGUCUACGUUCACCCCUGCCCUUAUCGGUGUGGGUCUUAUCCUAGAAGAGGAGGAAGAAUAUGCCGAAGCCAUCAGUUUCUUGAGCAGAGCCCUCGAUCGCGAUCCAGAGAAUGCCCGAAUUGGUGCGGAAGCGGCGUGGUGCAAGGCUCUCAAUGGCGACCAUACAGCUGCUCUGGAGGAGUUGGAGCAGUACCUGCCAAAGAUGACGACCAAUGAUCCUCGCUCUCGUGACUUGCGUGCUCAGACGCUGUUCCGCAUCGCCAUGUGCAUUUGGAAGAUUGACCCCACAAGGCAAGCACGGAAGGACAGGACGGGUGCUUACGCCAGGCUGUUGCAGGCAAUCAAGACCAACCCGAACCUUGCUCCCGCUUACACUAGCCUGGGCAUUUACUACGCUGAUUAUGCUCGCGACAGGAGACGCGCAAGACAGUGUUUCCAGAAGGCGUUUGAACUGUCAGCAUCGGAGAUUGAAGCUGCUGAACGUCUGGCCCGUUCGUUUGCGGAUCAGGCCGAUUGGGACAUUGUCGAGGUGAUUGCACAGCGCGCGAUAGAUUCUGGCAAGUGCAAGCCCGCGCCAGGAUCCAAGAAGAAGAAGGGUGUCAGUUGGCCGUUCUCUGCCCUUGGUAUUGUCCAGAUGAACAAGCAAGAGUACAACAAGAGCGUCGUCUCCUUCCUGUCCGCGUUGCGGAUUAGCCCGGAUGACUACCACUCUUACGUGGGCUUGGGAGAAAGCUAUCACAAUUCUGGCCGAUACAACUCGGCGCUCCGGACUUUCAAGUAUGCUGAAGACCCCACUGAUGGCGUGCAGAUGCAGAAGCCUGCAGAGAACUGGUUCACAAAGUACAUGCUUGCAAACGUCAACCGGGAACUUGGGUCUUAUGAUGAGGCUAUCGGAAGCUACAAGGAGGUCUUGGAAAGCCGACCAAAAGAGUUUGGAGUUUCUAUAGCUCUGCUUCAGACGCUCGUCGAAAGAGGCUGGCGACUGAUUGAAACGGGGUUCUAUGGCCAAGCUGCGGACAGUGCCAUUGGAGCCAUCUCCGUCGCAAAGGGUGUCGCUGAGUACAAACCUGAGGCCUUCAACCUGUGGAAGGCUGUUGGCGACGCAUGUUCUUUGUUCACUUGGGUCCAAGGUCGAGUCGACGACUUUCCUUCCGGCAGUGUCCAGGAAUUGCUCGAAAUUGGCAUUGCAAAGGAAGAGUUUGACGCCUUCUCGGAGGUUGACGGUGUCAGCCAGGCCCAGCUGAGCUCGCUCGGCGAGGCGGCCGAAGACACGGCUUCCAAGAUUCGCAAAUGCCUUGAUGCUGCCGUUCUGGCGCAGAAGCGCGCCAUCCACGCUUGCUCUCAUGACAUUCAUGCUCAAGCGGUGGCUUGGUACAAUCUUGGCUGGACGGAGUACCGGGCUCACGCAUGCAACGAGCAGAAGCCCGACCAGGCAGCGCAGGGAAAGAAGUCCAUGAAGCUGCUGAAGGCGGCCAUGCGCUGCUUCAAGAGAGCCAUCGAGCUCGAGGCCGGAAACUUUGAGUUCUGGAACGCUCUGGGGAUUGUCACGACGCAGUUGAACCCGAAGGUCGCGCAGCACGCUCUGGUGAGGAGUCUGCAUCUCAACGAGAGGAACGUCAAGGCUUGGGUCAACCUUGGCACGUUGUACCUUCUGCAGAACGACUACGAGCUUGCUCACAUGGCUUUCGCCCGGGCCCAGUCCACCGAUCCGGACUAUCCUCAGGCUUGGCUGGGCGAGGGGCUGAUCGCUCUCCUCUUGGGCGACGCAAAGGAAGCCCUGUCACACUUUACUCACGCAUUCGAGAUUAGCGAUUCGGCUCCUCUGAUCAUCAAGCGCCAAUAUGCCCUGUCCACGUUUGACCACCUCCUGUCAUCGUCCACGGCAUCAAGCGACAUUGCCAACCUCAUCCAGCCCCUCUUUGCUCUGCAGCAGCUGCACUCGCAGAAGCCGACAGACAUCCCGCACCGCCACCUCGCAGCGCUGUACCUCGAGCGGGUCGGCAACUACUUCGCCGCCAUCGAGGCUCUGGAGGCCAUAUGCGCCGCCGCCGAGGCCGACUACGAGGUCUCGGAGUCGCCGCAGGCGCUCGCAAGAUUCGCGCAAGCAAAGACGGACCUGGCCCGGAACCGGCUCGCAGCAAGCGAUUUCGGCGGUGCAGCCGAAGACGCAGAAACGGCGCUGGACCUCACGGGCGAGGAAGAAGGCACAGGGCUCAGCGCCGAGUCGCGGCGCAAAGUGCGGCUAGGAGCGCGCCUCACGGCCGGGCUGGCGCAGUACUACCUCAAUGACAUGGAUGCCGCGCUCGCGCAUUUCCGCGCCGCGCUCGAGGCCAGCCGCAGCGCGCCCGACGUCGUGUGCCUGCUGGCCGAGGUGCUGUGGGCCAAGGGCGGCGCGGCGGAGAAGACGGUCGCGCGCGACCAGCUGUUUGCGUGCGUGGCGGAGCACGCGGAUCAUGUUGGCGCUGUGGUGCUGCUGGGCGCCAUGGCGGCGGUGGAUGAGGACAAGGAGACUAUGGACGCGGUGCGCGCGGACUUGCAGGCUUUGCGCACGCGUCCCGGCCUUGGUUUGCAACAGCUGCACCGGGUCGAGACGGUGCUGGAGAGUAUCGCCGCGUUGUCCGGUGGCGGGGAGGCGGCAGCGGCGCGCGCAACGCGGGCGGAGAUGGCGACAAGCAUCAUGCUGGCGCCGCAGCGGGCGCACGGGUGGGCGCAGCUCGCGGACGCGGUUGCGGUUGCGACGAACGACGACGAGGGCGAGGCAGGGUUCGCGGCGCAGAUGGCGCUGGCGACGGCCAGGCGCGCCGUCCCGCCCUCGGGGCCGUUGGAUGCGGCGGGGUUGGCGGGGGCGUAUGCGCGCGCGGGCUCGCUGGCGGAUGCGCAGAGGGCGGUGCUGUGCGCGCCUUGGUUUGCGGGAGGGUGGAGGGGGGUGGGGGAUGCUGUUGCUGCUGUGGAUGCUGCUGGUGGGGGUGAGAAGUGA